GCUGGGACUUGUGGGUCCCAGCCCAGAGAAAGCUUCUGGAACCACAGAAAAGGCACGGGCCCACACGCCUAGGCUCUCUCUUUCCCCAUCCUCUUCCUCUUCUCGCCGACCCCCCGACUGCCCCCGCCGGCCCUGCGUCUUCUCUCGCCGAUUCCUCUCCACCAGUUCUCGAGUCGGCGGCGAUGGCUUCCAAGCGGAUCCUGAAGGAGCUCAAGGACCUGCAGAAGGAUCCCCCCACAUCCUGCAGCGCAGGUCCCGUAGGAGAGGAUAUGUUCCAUUGGCAGGCAACAAUCAUGGGCCCUUCCGAUAGUCCCUAUGCAGGUGGCGUGUUUCUGGUUUCGAUCCACUUCCCUCCGGAUUAUCCAUUCAAGCCACCAAAGGUCGCUUUCAAGACAAAGGUUUUCCAUCCAAAUAUCAACAGCAAUGGAAGCAUCUGCCUUGAUAUCCUGAAAGAGCAGUGGAGCCCGGCAUUAACUGUUUCCAAGGUGCUACUUUCAAUCUGUUCGCUAUUGACAGACCCAAACCCAGAUGAUCCGCUGGUUCCUGAGAUAGCUCACAUGUACAAGGUGGACCGAAGCAAGUACGAGGCCUCUGCGAGGAACUGGACCCAGAAAUAUGCAAUGGGUUAGCCAGUUAGGACCUACAGCGGCAGGCAGGGAUACCGUCGGCUAUAACAUACUAAUGGAUCGGUCCCUUUUGUGGUACGAUUCUGGUAUUGUAAUAGCAACCAAAGUCGUAGUUCGAUGGUAACUGUUGAACAUAUAUGCAUUAGCGUGCCUUCAACAUAUGAAUAGAUGUUGAUAAACUCCUUGCCGGUGCUGCGUGCUUGCAUGUUUGACGUGGAUGGCUUGUUUCAUCAGAUCUGCCCAUGAGGUGUGAUUUUUGCACACCA